ACAGGAGAUGUUGCUUUGAAAGUCUUAAAGCUUUUGAAGCCAUGGGAAUCAAGGUCCAGCGGCCACGUUGCUUUUUUGACAUAGCCAUCAACAAUGUACCUGCUGGAAGAGUGGUCUUUGAAUUGUUUUCUGAUGUGUGCCCAAAGACAUGUGAGAAUUUUCGCUGCCUUUGCACAGGUGAAAAAGGUACUGGAAAAUCAACCCAGAAGCCAUUGCAUUACAAAAGUUGUCUGUUUCACCGAGUUGUGAAAGAUUUUAUGGUCCAAGGAGGUGACUUCAGUGAAGGAAAUGGGAGAGGAGGAGAAUCCAUUUAUGGUGGUUUUUUUGAAGAUGAAAGCUUUGCUGUAAAGCACAACAAAGAAUUUCUUCUGUCAAUGGCCAACAGAGGGAAAGAUACAAACGGUUCACAGUUCUUUAUAACAACCAAGCCUACACCUCACUUAGAUGGACUUCAUGUUGUUUUUGGACAAGUCAUCUCAGGACAGGAAGUUGUGAGAGAAAUAGAAAACCAGAAAACAGAUGCAUCUAGUAAACCAUAUGCUGAAGUACGAAUACUGAGUUGUGGAGAGUUGAUUCCAAAAUCCAAAGCCAAGAAAGAAGAGAGGAAAAGACACAAGUCAUCCUCCUCAUCCAGUGAUUCAGAAAGUUCAAGUGAUUCAAAAUCUUCUUCUGAUUCAUCAUCUGAUUCUGAAAGUGCUUCUGAAGAGAAACCUAAAAAGAGAAAAAAGAAACACAAGAAAAAUUCUAGAAAACAUAAGAAGGAAAAGAAAAAGAGAAAGAAAAGUAAGAAAAGCUCAUCCAGUGCAAGUGAAGAUGAAAACCCUGAAGCACAGCCACUGUCUACUGUCCGUCCUGAGGAGAUCCCUCCUGUACCAGAAAACAGGUUCCUCAUGAGAAAAAGUCCUCCUAAAAUAGAUGAAAAAGAAAAAGAAAGGAAGAGCAGGGAGAAGGAAAAAGAGAGUAAUCCAUCAAAUUCCCAGUCGUCAUACCAGAGAAGGCUUUUAGUGACCAGAUCUGGAAGGAAAAUAAAAGGAAGAGGACCAAGGCGCUAUCGGACGCCUUCCAGAUCCAGGUCAAGGGAUCGCUUCAGACGCAGUGAGACUCCUCCACAUUGGAGGCAGGAAAUGCAAAGAGCUCAAAGAAUGAGAGUUUCCAGUGGAGAAAGAUGGAUCAAGGGAGACAAGGGUGAAGUAAAUGAAAAUAAGAAAGAUGCUCAAAAAAGCCCUGGAAGAGGAAAGGAGAAAAAAGUAUCAGACCACAGACAAGUCUCUGAGAGUCCAAACAGAAGAGGGGAAAAGGAGAAGAAGACAAAAGACCACAAAUCCAGUAGUAAAGACAGGGAGACAAGGAGGAAUUCAGAAAAAGACGAUAAGCAUAAUAAAAGCAAGGCCAAGAAAAGAGCUAAAUCUAAAAGCCGGAGCAAAAGCAAAGAGAAAUCAAAGAGCAGAGAAAGAGACACUAAGCACAACAGACAUGAAGAAAAGAGAGUGAGAUCGAGAAGCAAAGAGAGGGAUCAUGAGAGAGGUAAAGACAAGCACCACGAUUCCAGAGGGAGAGAGAAAGAAAGGAGCAGAAGUAAGGAGAGGUGUAAAAGUGCAGGAUCAAGAAGUAAUGAACAAGAUCACAGUAAAAGCAAAGACAGGGAGAAACAUGGAAAAUCAAGGAGCAAAGAACGUGAGCAGACUAAAGGAAAACACAGUUCCAAUAGUAAAGCAAGAGAACGAAGCAGAAGCAGAGACAAAGGGAAGAGAGCCAGAUCUAGAAGUAGAGAGAGAGACCGGAGUAGAAGUAGAGAGCAUUCAAAAAAUGAAGAUAAAGAAGCAAAAAGAAAAGGAAGAUCAAGAAGUAGAGAGAGAAAAGGCACACCAGAAAAAUCUAAAGGAAAAGAGAAUAAGAGGAGGAGAGACUCAAGGAGCCGUGAAAGAGAAGAAAGUCAAAGCAGAAACAAAGAGAAGUAUCUGAACAGGGAAAGUAGAAGUUCACAUAAGAAAAAUGACUCUGAAAGCCAAAGGAAGAAGCGUUCAAAAAGCUGUGAAAGUAGUAGCCCUGAGACCAAUAAAGAUAAAAAGGCUAGUAGAGAUCAGGAUAAAAGUCCAGACUCAAAGAGAAGACAAAGCAGUAAGGAUAGAGAAUUAAAAAAAUCAUCUGCACACAGGAGUAGAGAAAAAGAGAAGACUAGAUCUUCACUAGAAAAAGAAAUUAACCAAAAAUCAAAGAGUCAGGAAAGAGACCAUGCCCAUCGUAAGGAUAAAAAGUCUGAUCAUGAAUCAAGUCCUGGAACAGAUGAAGACAGACGUGGGUGAGCUAUGGACUUGUUGUUUCCAUUCUGUGUCAAAGUUUGAGACAUUUUGGGAACACCUUUUUUUUUUAAUGUGGACUUCAGUUUGGUCUUUUGAUAAUCUAAAACCUGGAUCAUUUGUACUGCUAAAGUUUUAAUAAACUUGAAAUAAGAAACA